UAUAACUUAAAAAAAAUAUAUAGUGUAUAUGACAUAAUUAAAUUAAAAGGUCCAAUAUCUCUAGCUCAAUACAUCAAAUAUGUUUUAACCAAUCCAUUAGAUGGCUAUUACAUGAAAAAAACUGCCAUUGGUCAAAAAGAAGACUUUGUAACAUCACCUGAAAUAAGUCAAAUAUUUGGUGAGAUAAUUGGGGUUUAUAUAUUAAAUGAAUGGUUAUCAAAAUACAAUAAUCAACCCUUCAACCUAGUAGAGUUAGGACCAGGCCAUGGCACAUUAAUGAGGGAUUUACAACGAACAUUUCGAAAAUUUCCAUCAACAACAGAUAAAUUUAGAUACAAUAUGAUUGAAAUAAGUCCUAAGCUCAAAAAGAUACAGCAACAAAAUUUAAUAGAUAUAAAUAACAAGAACUCUAUAAAUUGGUAUGAAAAAUUAGAAAAUUUACCAAUUGAUAUUGGUCCAUAUUGUUUUAUUGCGAAUGAAUUUUUUGAUGCACUUCCUUUUUAUAAAUUACAAAAAACAAAAGAUGGAUGGAGACAAGUUUUAAUAGGAUUAAAUCCAGAACAAACUGAUUUAACAUAUGUUUUAAGUUCCAAGGCAUCUUACCUAUCAUCAUUUAUAAAGGAAAAUGAAACUAGAGACCAUGUUGAAAUCAGUCCAGAAAUUGGCUCCAUCCUUAAAAUAAUGUGUGACAGAUUGUCUGAAAAUGGAGGAUUUGCCCUGAUUUGUGAUUAUGGACAUUUAGGGGACAAAAGCGAUACCUUCAGGGCUUUUAAAAAUCACGAAAUCCAAGAUCCGCUUUCUAACCCCGGAGAGUGUGAUCUAACGGCCGAUGUUGAUUUCGAGUUUUGCUUACGAAUUCUACGUUCCUACAACGAAAAACUGGGCAAACAAAAUUGGAAACGCAAUAAAAACCGGGGAAAAAACUUUGACGGGGAAACUCUCGAUAAGUCAAAUUUAAAAUAUGGUGAUUACACCGAUGUAAAUCGCUCAAAAACUAUAAACGAUCAAUUUACGGCGAACACAAACGGGGAAAAGAAUGAUAGGUUGGAAAUCAUAGGGCCAAUUGAUCAAAGACAGUUUUUACUGGAGAACGGGGCAGCGCUUAGACUUCAAAUGUUGUUGAAUAAACUAGAUCUUAACAAGGAUCCAGAUACAGAACUGGAAAAGGAAAAAUUGAUGAAAAACUUCGAAGUUUUGGUCGGACCUAACGCUAUGGGAAACCGAUUCAAGUUUUUGAUCAUUAAGUCUCGAUAAUUAUUUAAAUACAAAUCGUGACUUAUUGUAUAUGUACUAAUAUGGAUAAAAUUAUUUUAUAUCUUAUUUUUGAUGAAAAAUAAAA